AUCUUGAUGGUGGACAUAACGUCAGGAACUAACAUUAACGCUCAUGACUACAAACAAAUACCACCGCAAUCGAAGUCAGUAGAAUCGCUAAUACAGGAGCCAAAUUCUUCGGUUCCCGAAGAUUGUGAGUUGACUGGAGAAUGCACCUGUGUCAUUGGAGAAUGCGAACCUUGUACUCCAAUAGAAUUGACAUCAGGAGCUUCUUAUUGUGGAGUGCAUGGAAACAAAGAGGAGAUUAAGUGUGAAUGGAAUGAUACAUCAAAAAAUGGUAGUUUGCCUCAAGGUCCUCAAUAUCGACCAUGUCGACGAGUUAAAAGAUUUGAAAAAGCAAAAUACAUUGAAUUUCAGGUUUGA